AAUAGGUUUGUUUUUGUUUGGCUAAACCAAACCGUAGAGGAUAAUAAAGACCUGACCCGGACUCAACUAAUAUACUAUAUUCUUCGCUUAACAUUAGUGAUCGUCGUCUUUAUUCUUCUUUCUUUUUAGUUUCGUCAAUUCAAUCAUAUUUCUUAGAUUUUCUGAAGGGGUUCGGUUCAAUUGUGAUAGAAGAACAAGAUGUGGGCAGCCUCCUGCCUUGCUUCAUGCUGUGCAGCAUGCGCUUGUGAUGCAUGUCGCACUGUGGUGUCUGGUAUCAGCAGGAAGUCAGCUAGGAUUGCGUAUUGUGGGCUCUUUGCUCUCUCUUUAAUUGUUUCAUGGAUUCUUCGUGAAGUUGCUGCUCCCCUAAUGGAGAAGAUUCCUUGGAUUAAUCAUUUUCAUCAGACGCCUGACAGGGAGUGGUUUGAAACAGAUGCUGUGCUUCGAGUUAGCUUGGGAAAUUUUCUCUUUUUCACUAUUUUGUCAAUUGCGAUGAUUGGUGUGAAAACUCAAAGAGAUCCUCGUGAUGGUUUGCAUCAUGGUGGAUGGAUGAUGAAAAUCAUCUGCUGGUGCCUUCUGGUGGUUUUUAUGUUUUUCCUCCCGAAUGAGAUUGUCAGCUUCUAUGAGUCUAUAUCAAAGUUCGGUUCAGGAUUAUUUCUUCUUGUUCAAGUUGUUCUUUUAUUGGAUUUUGUGCACAAAUGGAAUGACACAUGGGUUGGAUAUGAUGAGCAGUUCUGGUAUGUUGCUCUACUAGUCGUUUCCCUUGUUUGUUACGUGCUGACCUUUGGCUUCUCGGGACUUCUUUUCCAUUGGUUCACACCAUCCGGUCAUGACUGUGGGCUCAACACUUUCGUUAUAGUCAUGACCUUGAUUUUUGUGUUCCUAUUUGCUGUGGUUGCCCUGCACCCUUCUGUAGGUGGCAGUAUUUUGCCAGCUUCGGUUAUAUCUUUGUAUUGCAUGUACCUUUGCUACAGUGGACUUUCAAGUGAACCAAGGGACUAUGAAUGCAAUGGUCUCCACAGGCAUUCUAAAGCUAUAUCCACCAGCACCCUUACCCUUGGUCUGCUUACCACUGUUCUAUCAGUAGUAUAUUCUGCAGUGCGUGCUGGAUCUUCUACAACUCUGCUUUCUCCACCAAGUUCGCCUCGUGCAGGAAAGCCUUUGCUUCCAAUGGACAGCAAAAAUGAGGAGCCAGAAGAAAAGGAAAAGGCUAAGCCGGUUUCAUAUUCAUAUGCCUUCUUCCACAUAAUAUUCUCUCUUGCAAGCAUGUAUUCGGCAAUGCUUCUGACUGGGUGGUCUACCUCAGUAGGGGAAAGUGGGAAGCUGGUGGAUGUUGGUUGGCCGUCUGUCUGGGUUAGGGUAGCAACAGGGUGGGCAACCGCAGCUCUAUACAUAUGGUCUCUUGUUGCCCCAAUUCUGUUCCCAGACAGGGAGUUCUAAGCCCUACAAAUAAAACCUUCACGAACAAUUAUCAUCAAAAGUACUAGUCUAUAUGUGUGAUGCAGCUUUCUGAGUCCCGGACACCAGUGUGCUUGUGAAACAUGCUAAAUUCCUGAAUGGCGUAUCUGCUUUGUUUCUGAUAUUUGUUGUUUGAAUUCAUCUGAGAAUAUUUUAUAUUAAUGGUGUCUACCUUCUCCAAA